AUGGUGUCUCCAGCUGGAGAUACUCCUUCGACUUUGCAGUCAGGCGAGGCUGGACCUGCACCAGCUCCGGCAUCCAAGCGUGACCAUCCCGACACCGCCGAUCCAACUCCAGCGUCAGCGGUACCGCCAGCUCCGCACCUCAACCCGCGAAGCUGCGUGACGUGCCGACGCCGCAAAGUGCGCUGCAACAAACACGAGCCGUGCGCCAACUGCGUCAAAGCCGGCAUCGAAUGCGUCUUCCCGGGCCCCGGACGCGCACCGCGCAGACCGCGUAAGCAGCCUGACGCAGAGCUGUUGACGCGGCUGCGGCGGCUGGAGGGCGUCGUCCAUAACCUGGGCGCCCACGUCGAUGAGAAUGGCCUCGUUCUCGCACCCCCUCUCGCCGGGUCGGCGGACAUUCGUGCGAGAUUGCCGGCCACGGGCGAGUCGCCGGGCUCAGAUCGUGACGAUUCGAAACGCCAUUCUAUCGACGGGCGGUUGGGGAGGCUGGUUAUUGAUGAGGAUCGCAGUCGGUAUGUGAGCAACGCCUUCUGGACGGCGAUGAGCGACGAGAUUUCAGAAAUGCGUGAUUUGCUGGAGACAUCUGGCAGUGAGGACGACGACUCGACGAUACUGUCACCCGAAUCGGACCACGUCAACCAUCAAGCAUUCAUCUUCGGCUACUCGUCUGCAGCGGUAGAUCUGCGAUCGCUACAUCCGACGCCCAGCCAGACGUUUAUUCUCUGGGAGGUGUUCAAGGAGAAUGUCGAUCCUGUGGUGCGCAUCUUGCAUCGUCCGACAGCCCGCAUGAUCCUCAUGAAUGCCGCGAGCAAUCUCGAUCGAGUGUCGAAGCCAAACGAGGCAUUGCUUUUCUGCAUUUACUUUGGCGCGGUCGUCAGCCUCACCCCCGACCAGUGCCAACAGCUGCUUGACGAACCGAAAGAGGCCUUGUUGAAGAAGUAUCGAUUCGCCACGGAGCAGGCCCUGGCACGGGCCGACUUCUUGAACAGUAAUAGCCUGAUCUGCUUGCAGGCAUUCAGCUUCUUCCUCAUCUUUGUGCGGCACUGUGACGACUCUCGAUUGGUGUGGUCGCUGGGGGGACUGCUCAUCCACCUGGCUCAAGCUCUUGGGAUCCAUCGCGACGGCACCAAUUUUGAUCUGAACCCCUUUGACACGGAGAUGAGGAGGAGGUUGUGGUGGCAAAUUUCGCUGUUGGACAGUCGGUCUGCCGAAGACCAUGGCACUGAUCCUACGUUUACGGAGCAGUUCUACGACACGAAGAUUCCGUUGAACGUCAAUGACGAUGACAUCUAUCCGGGAAUGAAGGAGCCUCCAAGAGACAGGAAAGGUGCGACGGAAAUGACUUUCUGUCUGAUCCGAUUUGAGUUGAGCAAGUUUUCACGAAGGUUGAAUUUCACGGCUCCUGGUAGCGCCGAACCCGGGGCAGGCAGUUCGGCAUGGGCACUGGCAGACAAGGAGAAAAUGAUCGACGACUGCCAUCGAGAGCUGGAGGAGAAAUAUUUGCGUCACUGCGACAUGAGCACGCCGAUUUAUUGGGUCACGGCGACCGUGGCGAGGCUCAUUCUCGCCAAAAUGUGGCUGACAUUGCACCACCCUCGAUCAUUCAAUCCGGAUCUUGAGCCGCGGCUGCCACCCGAAACGCGGGAUCGAUUGUUUAUCACGUCGGUGGAAGUGAUUGAAUUCUCCCACCUGUUGCAGAGCAAUGAAAACACGGCCAAAUGGGGGUGGCUAUUUCAAACAUAUAUGCAAUGGCAGUCGGUUGCUUUUGCACUGUCCGAACUCUGCACGCGUCCACCCGGGCCUGGGACCGAGCGGGCUUGGCAGGCGAUCGAGUCAGUUUACGAUGAGAGCCGGGGGAAGAAGUCUCACAGGAUGCAGCGAGGGAUGCUUUGGAAGCCACUGCGACAACUGAUGGCCAAGGCGAAGGCGAAGCGGGCUGAGCAGCAGGUGCAAGCUGCCCGGACGAGAGAUACCCUUUUCGCAGACUUGACCUCUGCAACGCGCAUCGAGACAUGGAUGCACAACUACCCCGAUAGUUCGAUCACCAGCGCGAUAGAAGCGUUUGGGAUGGAUUUAGACGACACGUUUGCCCAUCAUGGUGCAGGGCUCGAGCACAACCACAACGCGUCACCAGGUGCGUUGCCAGUCGACUCUGGAUCGCUGCACGACAGUGAUUUGCUCAAGUAUGGUUGGUCGUCAUCGCUUGAAGACUCCAUGGGGCCUCAAUCGUUUCAGAAAUAUAUUAUGAACAUCCAGGAAGAAUGGUUCUAG